AAUAUGCGUUCUUGUGUGGACUUUUGUUCUCGUGGACUCGUGAAACGUCAUCAGUCUCAGCCCGAGUACUGUUCCAAUUCUCAAGUCCGCAUCUGGCCGAGAACGGUCAUAAUACCCGGAUGUGGCUCGCCCCGCCCAUUUUACCGGGCAUGCAUCGAAGCAGGCUCGUCUGUUCUUGUGAGAGACAUAUAUCCCAGAAUGCAUUUCACCUCAGCAACAGGCAACAACGACAGAGGAAAAUAAACACAACUUUAUGUCGAAGUUUAUAAAUACUACUUUUUUUAAGUAACUUAAUGUAAUUUUCUGACUGAAUAGUAAAAUGUUUAAGUCAAAAACUAAAAUAAAAACGUAUUAGCAAGACCAGCUGACGUGGUGACGUCAUCAAGUCAGCUGCUGUUCCAACUGCGGAAAUGACCGUUCUCCGUUCUCCCGAACCUGCGAGUUAGGACUCCCGAGUCUGUCUCCCGAGUCUAUUCUCGCGGGAACGCGAGUCCGUUCUCGCCGUCUUAGGUAUUGAGAAACGGCCAAAGUGUAUACUUGUUGAGUGUGGGUGACUUAAAUCGAGUAGGAAGUGGGGUUGGAUAGUAUCGGCUGACGGCCUGUAUAGGUACUAUCUCACACCCACAGCCUCUGAUUGAAUUAAAAAAUACUUAAAUGGAGCUGCUUCAUGGGCGACAGGAGGAGGAUAGUAUGGAUUACAGUGGAAUGGAGGAGAGUGGAAGUGAUGGGAGGAGGGAAAGUGAUUGGGAAGAGGUAGGGAAAGUGCGUAGGGAAAAGGAGGUCGUAAAAGAAAGAAAAAAGAUUGUGCUAGUUCAAAUGGGACGGGAAGUGAAGAAGAUAAAAGGAAAGCUCCUAAAGCAGGAAUGCUUAAUGUAGUGGUACGACUUGAGGGAGAAGGAGUUAAAAAAAUGGACCCACUUAAGUUAACUAAGAUAAUAAGAGAAAAAGUAGGAGAGGUGAAGUAUGCAAGGAUUCUGGGAGAUGGAAAUCUACUUGUAGGAUGUAAUAAUGAAGAGCAAAUGGAAAAAGCAAGGGAGUGAUUUAUGGAAUCCCACUUACUGUGAAUAUGAAAGAGUUGGUAGAGAAUCCGAAAUUGAAGAUAAGAUCAGUCAAAAGUGCAGUGCUGUGUUAGUUUGAAACAAAGGAUGUACCAAAAGAGGUAUACUAUGGAUUUAUGAGAUACAGCAUGAGGGAGUAUGUGCCUAAACCAUUGAGAUGCUAUAACUGUCAAGAAUUUGGGCACAUGGCUAAUGUCUGUAAAAGAUAAGAGAAGGUGUGCUAGAUGCACUGGGGAUCAUGAAUAUGGAAAGUGUGGAGAAGUAAGACCAAAGUGUUGUAACUGGGGGGGGGGGAUCAUAGUGUGGCAUUUUGGGGGAUGUGAAGUGAUGAAGAAAGAAGUACAACAGAUAAAAACACAAGGAAACAUUUCAUAUGCUGAAGCUGUUAAAAGAGUGGAAAAGGAAAAGAAGAAUCAGAGCGAAGAAGUUGAAAAAAGGGUAGUACGAGAAGAUCAUCAAGAAAAGAAGGAGAAAUGGGAAGAGAAGUAGAAAAUAGUGGCAUUCAUAGCAGGGGUGAUAAAUGCUACGGCUGAAGUUAAGUCUAAAACUGAAAGAAUUCAGAUUAUUGUUAAAGCAGCAAUAGACCAUUUAGAUACGGCAGGAUUAAUGUGGGAAGAAGUGAGGGAUGAACUUGGUGUACAGUCGAGUCAAGAGACAGCAUGGGUGGGCUAAUAAUUUUAGUAAUGUUAAUCCUACAUUGGAAUGCAAGAAGCUUGAUCGCAAAUGGGCAGGAUUUUAAGCAAUUUGUUGGGAGUAGAAGAGAAAAACCAGAUGUAAUAUGUGUCCAGGAAUCCUGGUUAAAGCCAAAUUUGGAGUUUAUAAUAUAUGGAUACAUAUCAGUUAGACAAGACAGGGAAAAUGGUGGUGGAGGGGGAUGUAUUACAUUUAUAAGGCAAGGGAUUCCGUAUAGGGUGUUAGGUAUAGGUAAGGAGCAAGAAUAUGUAGUAGUAGAAACGUGCGGGGAAAGGAAAAGAAUUGUAAUUAAUUAUUACAAUCCAUGUAGGAAAUUAAACUUAAUCAAAUUAGAGGAAAUAGAGGGACAAGAUAAUAAUAAUAUUGUAUGGUGUGGGGAUUUCAAUGCACAUAAUACAUUGUGGGGUAGUGAGAAAAUGGAUAGUAAUUGACAAGUAAUAGAAGAACUAUUGGACAAGAAAAACUUAGUGUGUUUAAAUGAUGGAAGUAAAAUGAGGAUAGAGGUCAAGACUGGGAAGGAAUCUGCACUGGAUCUAACAAUGGUAUCUAGUAAUAUGGCAGCGAUAUGUAAAUGGAGUGUUUAUAAAGAAGGAACAAAAGGUAGUGAUCACUAUCCAGUAAUGUGUGAAGUUAAUAUGGCAGUAUAGGAAAUAGAGGAGGAAGAUGGGUUUUUGAGAAGGCUGAUUGGGAAAAAUUCCAGGAGGAAGGUGACCGGUACCUGAACCAGAUUGAAUAUAAUGAUGAUAUAGAGACACUGGAAAGUAUAAUUAAAGAAGGUAUAAUAAGGGCAGCAAUGGAAACAAUUCCAAAAAGUAAAGGUAAUGUGAAGAGGAAAAUAAUACCAUGGUGGAAUGAGGAAUGUAAAGAAGCAGUUAGAAAUAGAAAUAAAACAUUUAAAGUAAUAAAAAGAACGCAUAAUGUUAUGCAUAUGAUUCAAUAUAAGUAUGCUCAGGCAAUAGUAAGGAAAAUAAUUAGACAUGCAAAAAGAACGCAUUGGAGGAAUUAUUGUAGUACAAUUGGGAGUACAACUCAGAUUGGAGAGGUGUGGACAAUGAUAAAGAAGAUGGGUGGUGAAAGAAGAGAAUGGAGUUACCCAGUUUUGAGUAGUGGAAAUGAAAUUGCAGUGACGAAUAAAGAAAAAGCUGAAAUGUUAGCAAAUACAUUUCCCGAGGUGCACAGCUCUAAUAAUAUGUCUGAGGAAGAGAAAAAACUAAAUCUGAAAAUGUAGAGGCACUUGCAGAGAUGGGAAAAGUAGAGGAUGAGCUAAAUGUAUUAUUUAAUAUGGGAGAACUAAAUAGGGCAAUGGCCAAAGCUGGGAAGACGGCGCCAGAAAAAGAUGACAUUUGUUAUAGCAUGUUGAAACGGUUAAGUGAAAAGGGGAAAGAAAAAUUGUUGAUGCUAUAUAACAAAGUGUGGGAGAAAGGUAAAUUACCAAAGAGCUGAAAGGAGGCAAUUAUUGUUCCGAUAAGGAAACCUGGGAAGCACGUUAGUAAACCAGCAAGCUAUAGGCCUAUUGCCCUGACUUCUCAUAGUUGUAAAUUAAUGGAAAGAAUGAUAAAUGAGAGGCUAAUGUAUAUUAUGGAAAAAGGGGGUAUGAUGACUGAAUGUCAAAGUUGGUUUAGAAAAGGUAGAAAUACUAUGGAUGCAAUACUGUGUUUAGAAGAUAACAUAAGAAAAGCCCAAGUAAACAGAGAGACAACAGUAGCAGUAUUUUUUCGAUGUAGAAAAAGCAUAUGACAUGUUAUGGAGAGAGAGAUUAAUGAUUAAAUUAUAUAAUAUGGGAAUUAGAGGAAAGCUUCUGAACUGGAUUAAGGAUUUCCUGGAAAGAAGAACAAUCCAGGUUAAGGGGAAGUAGGGGAAGACUUGUCAAGGGAGCAGGGUGUAGAAAAUGGAACACCUCAGGGGAGUGUUGUAAGUCCCACCUUGUUUUCAAUAAUGAUUAAUGACAUACUAUAUGUAGACAUACCAAUAGAUAUGGGAAGAUCGCUAUUCGCGGAUGACAGGGCAAUAUGGAAAAAAGGAAGAAAUAUCAAACAUAUAGUUAAAAAACUACAAGAAGGGGUCCAACAGGUUGAAAGUGGGGAACAAAGUGGGGUGUUGAAUUUUCUGUAGAGAAAACUAAAGUGAUGUUUUUUACAAGGAAGAAAAUCAAGGAAAAUAUAAAUGUUAAACUAUAUGGAAGUAAUUUAGAGAGAGGUAAAACAUUCCGUUUUAUAGGAGUACAAUUUGACACAAGGUUAACAUGGAAAGAGCAUAUUAAGAAUGUAGAAGAUAAGUGUAAGAAAGUAAUACAUAUAAUGAGAUGUUUAACAGAGAACAGAAUGGGGAGCAGAUUAUAACUCAUUGAAAUACAUACUGUAUAUGUGAGGUUAAUAAGACCAAGAAUGGAUUAUGGAAGUAUGGCGUAUGGAUCAGCGACCAAAACUUUACUUAGGAGGCUUGAUGUAAUACAGGCAAAAGCAUUGAGAUUAUGUUUAGGAGCAGUUAAGACAUCGCCAGUGUGUGCUCUACAGGUGGAAGCGGGAGAAAUGCCGUUGAGCAUAAGAACAAUUGAUGGUAAAUUAUUGGGUUAAUCUAAAAGGACAUGGAUAUAGUCAUCCAACUAAAAGAAUAUUACAAGAUAAUUGUGAAAGGGAGAGAGCACAAAAGUUCAGUUUUGGGUGGAUAGGGGAUCAAGCAGCUAGAGAAUUGGGAGUAUAUGAAAAGGAAUUCUGCUCAACUGUAAUAUGGCCUGAUACACCGGUAUGGAAGUUAGAAACAAUGACGGUUGAUUUUAAAUUAAAUCAAGUCAAAAAAGAAAGAAUAUUGAUUUGGUAGCGGAAUGUUAUAUAGAGGUUAAAUAUAAAGAAUAUGUUCAGAUCUAUACAGAUGGAUCAAAGGAUCCAGAAACAGGAAAGACCGGAUCUGCAGUUUACAUUUUUAAUCAAAGAGGUGAGAUAAGUAGACGAACCACAAAUGAUCUGAGUGUUUAUGCAGUUGAGUUAUAUGCUAUAUUGAUGGCACUAGAAUGGAUUGAGGAAAACAAAAUAAAAAAAGCUUUAAUUGGCAUUGAUUCAAUGUCAGCUCUAUACAGUCUCAUGACUGGGGUGUCUAAGAGUCAUCAGGAUUUAUUCUAUUCUAUAUAGACAAUAUAUACUAGAAUAAACUUAACACGGCACAGCACACCUGUGUAUAAGGCCAACCACGGCAAAUCACGGCACACACUGCAAACACCCCCCCUUCAGUUAACACCAUAGGUCAGGGUUUGCCCGGAGCACUGCCGGGGCCUGUUUCAGAAAGGAGGUUAAGUGAAAACUCUGAGUAUGUUAACCCUGAAAUGAGGGAAACUCUGAGUUUUCUGUUUCAGAAUGGGAGGUAUGUUAAACCUGAGAAAGCAGAGUAAGUCAAGCCUGUUUCAGAAAGAGAGGUAACUUAUAGUCAGUUACCAUGGCAACUUACUCUGUGAACCUAACCUGGUCGGGAGCAGGUUUUCUUCGGGAAACCCAGAGUUUAUUUCGUCUCCUCCCCUUUUUUAAAGAGGAAGUGGUAUUUAAUCACCUCAUUCAUUCUUUCGCUAUUCAUUCAUUGCGCACAUUUCAGUCACGCAGAGCGCAUCAAAUCAAGUGAAUGAAAUGGCAUGUCCUUUUAUGGACGAUCCUGUGGAUGAAGAGGCUGCAUUAAUCCGUAGGGAGUUGCAUUUACGUCGGGAGAGGAUUUUGAGACCCAGAGUGGAUUUUUUGUCAUAUCCAUAUUCAUUUUUAUUUGAGCGGUACCGUUUUUCUUUACAGUCAAUAAGAUACAUCCAUAAUCUCAUCCAUCCUUACAUCAGAAACAUCAGCCAUCGCGGCCGUGCUCUAACAUCCGAGCAGAUGCUUUGCGUUGCAUUACGUUUCUUUGCAAAUGGUAGUUUUCUGUAUAACAUUGGGGAUGCAGAACAUAUCAGUAAGGCUACUGUUUGCAGAGUUGUAAGGAAAGUGUGCCUCGCUCUUAAGCGCUUUCUCCGAAUUUUUGUGCUGUUUCCUGGGCACAAACCCGUGAGAGCCAUCAAAGAGGAGUUUCACAGGAUUGCAGGAUUUCCGAAUGUGGUUGGAUGCAUUGAUGGCACACAUAUUCCCAUCAUUGCACCUUCCGAAAAUGAAGCAGACUAUGUCAACAGGAGGUCCAUCCACAGUAUUAAUGUGCAGAUCAUAUGUGAUGCUGCACAUCUCAUUACAAAUGUGGAGGCCAAGUGGCCCGGUUCUGUUCAUGACUCACGAAUGUAUCGUGAGUCAACGCUGAGCAACAGACUGGAAACUGGAGAGAUUGAUGGCUUUCUGCUGGGAGAUAGGGGUUACCCAUGCCGACCAACACUAAUUACCCCUUACCCAGAACCUGAACCAGGCCCCCAGCGCCGCUUCAAUGUGGCACACUGCAGGACGAGAGCCCGGGUGGAGAUGACCAUAGGCCUGUUGAAAGCACGUUUCCAGUAGAGCUGCAACUAACGAUUAUUUUAAUAAUCGAUUCAUCUGUCGAUUAUUUGUUCGAUUAAUCGAUGAAUCGGAUAAAAAAAUAAAUGUAAAAACAUUAAUUUCCAACCCUUUAUUGAAAAAUAGAACUGACUGUGCACUUUCUAAAUAUGUUUUGCACUAACAGAUUGCUCCUUGAACAUCCCUAAGUAAGCAUAUAAAAUGGACUAACACAAAAAACAUACACACAUCGCAUGAUGUAUACUUUACAGCCGCCAAAUUAAAUAUAUUAGGCACAAAAUCAUGAAUCAUCGCCGUGGUGCUCCCGUGCCAGGCCAUGUCGCUUUUGCAUAUCUUACAAUCAGACAUGUCAACCCUCCCGAAUUUCAAAGCCCCUCCCGAAAAUCUCCCGGACCAACCUUUAUCCUGAUUUCCACCCGGACAACAAUAUUGCUGCACCACCCGUCACUGGGCGCGCUGUUUCAGACCGAACAAUAAUAAAGGUUACACCUUGAAGUCGAGCGCGGCGAUUAGAACGUAAAACUACUGGCGCUGCAAAGAAAACCGCAGCACCCCCCCCCCCCCGUUGCCCGCUAGGAC